CUAUGCGGUUAUGCGUCCGGGGUAGCUUGUUGAGGGAUUCCUUGUGUUCUGUUAUUGUUCUUCUUCUCCCGUGCCAGAAUGCACUGGCUUCCGAUAAAAAUCGCCUCGGCCCUGGCCCUGUGGGCGACAAGCUCAGCAGCUCGUGUCGUACAUGAGCUUGUUGACCGCAGCCCUGUUGAUGGUAGCUGUCCACAAGGACUGGGCUGGGUUGACGACGUGGAAAAGGACCUUGUGAAGAAGCUGUCGGGCGCCGCUCACAUAUACCUCCCAGGUUCUGGCGAGUUCGAAGCCGCAUCAACACGAUGGUCGGUGCUGGAGACUCCCAGAGUGAACGUCGUCGUGGUUCCCGGCACGGCAAAUGACGUUGCUGAAACGGUGAAAUUUGCAAACAAGAAGCGAGUGCCUUUCCUGGCGUACAACACAGCGCAUGGCGCGCUCACGACGCUGGGGAGGAUGGAUUGUGGCAUUGAGAUUUUUAUGAAGCAGCUGAGCGGUGUCAAAAUUGCCAAAAAUGGGCAAACAGCCAAGAUGGGCGGUGGAACGUUGUCCAAGCUGGUCACUGAUACGCUUUGGGCGGCUGGAAAGCAAACUGUGACUGGAGCAUGCGAAUGUGUUAGCUACCUUGGACCCGCACUGGGAGGUGGCCACGGCUGGCUCCAGGGACACCACGGGCUUAUAGCUGACCAGCUCGUUUCGAUGGAUGUGGUGUUGGCCAACGGGAGUUUGAGAACAAUCAACCCAAAAUCCGAUCUCUGGUGGGGGAUGAAGGGCGCCGGCCAGAACUUCGGCAUCGUCACCUCGGCCACCGCAAAGAUCUUUGAUAUCGAGCACCGCGACUGGGCCAUCGAGACGCUCACCUUCAGGGGCGACAAAGUCGAGGCCAUCUACCAAGCAACCAACGAGCACCUCCUCCGGGAGGGCAAGAGACGAGCCGAUGUGACCAACUGGUCGUACUGGCUCAACAUUCCUACGGUUGACCCGAACAAACCCGUCAUCGUGUUCUACAUCAUCCAGGAAGGCGUCAAGGCCGUGGACCCCGAGAUCACAGAACCUUUCCGGAAGCUCGGACCGCUUGCCAUUGAACGCCUGGUAGGAACGUACAGAGACCUCGCCAGGUGGACUGGCAUCGCCAUCACGUCUCCGCCGUGCCAAAAGGCCGGGCUUGCCAACCCGCGAUUCCCCAUCUACCUGGAAUCGUACAAUGUUGCAGCCCAGAAGAAGGCAUACGAGCUGUUCGCGUCCGAGGCGCACAGCGGUACUCCGUUUUUCAACUCGAUCUUCAUGUUUGAGGGCUACUCGGUGAGAAAAGUGCAGUCGAUCGACAGCUCCUCGUCGGCUUUUGCCUACCGGGGGGACAGCAUCCUGGCGGCACCGCUCCUCAGCUACGAGCGUGUGGGCGCGGAACGCGACGAGAAGGCUGCGACGUUGGGAACGCGACUCCGUGAGAUCAUCCACGAGGGAACUGGGCGAAAUGAGCUCCAUGCGUACGUGAACUAUGCGUUUGGAGACGAGACGCCGCAGCAGUGGUUCGGAGCACAGGAGUGGCGCCAGAGCCGUCUGCGAAAACUGAAGCAGAAGUACGAUCCUCAGGGGAAGUUUAGCUUUUAUGGUCCCAUUGCGUAA